ACCAAAACCACCACAACGAUAGAUUCCUAGGUCGAAGAAGAGCCAUCAGCGAAUCACAGGAAUUGACGGUAAAUCAUGUAGUUCCUGGAUCACUUAGGCCCAGAAGUAAUUGAUUUUGCGGCACAGCAAUUCAUGUCUAUAAAUCUCACGUUAGGUCACUCUAGCUAGGCAUUACUUCUCAUUCCUUUUACACAUAAACCAAGCAGCAUUUCUUUGUUACGUACAAUGGCCACUUUUAACGAGAGUCGAUUCCGAGAAGCUGUCAGGACGGCACAGGCAAAAGAAGUUCGUAUGAAUGCUUUCGACAUAGCCGUUUUUUCACGAACCUCUUCGAUCGGAACGGAUGGUCUUGGGUCAUGCUCUGUCGUUCUCAUUGUUUCUCCGCAUGCGGCAAUCCUCGGACACAUCGCACCUCAACCACAUAAUGCUGACGGUAACGACCCCUACGCUGGCGACAAUCAUGUACGACUUUUUAUGGACCGCCUUACGGAGUAUUACGUCCAAUGUCAGAACUUCUUCCCUCACAGCCCAUAUUCUUGGGUUGUCUGCGCGGUGUUUGGCAACAGUGUUGCACUCCCUGACCAGCAAAACAUCAUGGAGAUGAAGCUACGCGCCGUGGGCUUGAAUGUGGAUACAUCUAAAACAUAUCGCGUUCCGACCUUGAGAGACCAUCGAGACAGAGGUUCUGUUUUUGUGGAUGCUACCGGCAGUGCUAUUCAAGUGUAUGUGGAGGAUAGGGUGGUCCAAGUUAUACAGAAGUCCCUUCAAUAGUAUAAACAGGACGUCUAAACUGUAACUCUUUUUGUUACGGGCUACGUUACAAAUUGAUGGAAUGUGCUCAUGAGAUGCGAACUUGUGUGUUAUUGUAAGCUAUCGAAACUAGCU